AUGGAGGCCCCUCGCAAUCACGGACUAGGACUCAAAACAGACCCAGCGAUGAACCCCGAAGCAAUCCUCUCAACUGCCCCGGCAUCACCCACCGAGGAGCAAAUACACCACAAACCACCCCACCUCAUGGAGCAGGACAACCCUCCCGCCACCACCACCAACAUGGCAGGCUCUCGCGAUGCAGCACCUUCACACGCGACUGUAGCUCAGAUGAGCUAUGGGCCCGCCACUCAGCAGACCGUCACCACGGUCACAACUACCACGACUGUGACCUUGCCGCCACUGAUCAUGAAGCCGCCAAAGAACUUGUACGAACGAGACCUGAAGCAGUAUCCGCUAGCCUUCACGCCCACCCCGAGCUAUCUCAAGCGCUUCAGCACGGAUGUACACGGUCGACCGAUUCGCUUUCAAGAAGAAGAAGACGCUCAGCGGACUGUGAAGGAUCACCAUGAGUUGCAGGAGAACAUUCGCAGGCAUAACGGCUCCAUGCGGUCAGAGGCGAAGCAAGAUGAUUACCGUACGCCCGUGAGAGUCCAGAAUGAGUCGCAGUUGGGGAGAGGGGUCCAUAACGUGCGCGCUUCCAAAGCACCAAAGCGGACCGCUACUCCACCGUCUAUAGCAGAGGCGGCAGAGCUGGCAAGCCUGCACAGGAAGAUCAAGAAACCUCGUUCACAACUACAGAGAACCCGGACGGAGCUUGGCGAGCAUGCAACGGCAGAGCAGCGGGCCACUUCAGGUUCUGGGCCGCCACUGAGCAAUCCGUCGCCUGUCACGCCUGACACAGACGUUGGGCUGGUACCGCCUCAAGCGCCUAAAACAUCUGGAAGCCAAGCUAGCAGGCGGAGACGCAGUCCGGUUCGGCCAUCUCAGUCACGCCUGCAGGAGCUGCAGUACUCGGAUUCAGAGCCUCAGGAUGAGGACUCGCUGCUCGGGCCGCCUUUCUACGGUAGGAAAGGAGGCAAGAAGACGAAUUCUGGUGAGGAUACCGAUCUGUCUGGAGACAGCCAACUUGAUCUGGAUGCUGGAUCGCUACAAAAUAGCAACACCGAUGCCGAGCAGAUGCUGAUGCCACCCUCUCGACGACCCAAUCUUCCCACCCUUCUUACCAGCUCACAACAAGAUGCCAGUCUACCUAGUCCGAGUCUGUCGCCCAUCACUGCCGCCGCCAAUCUCGCCUCCCGUCAAAACGCGUUCGAGGCUUCCUUCGGCGAAGCUGUGUCUGCAGCCCAAAAUGAUUCUUCUCGAAUGGACAUUGACCCUGGAACCAUGCAGACUCCGGAUAUGUCGUUCACUUCGCAGCCCAAGAACUCCAGCUUUGGAGAGACUCAAUCCGUGGUGCAGUCCCAACCAGGCAAGGCUUCGCAAUCGAACAGCGGGCCGACCGUGAUGGACAUUCCCACUAUGGUUGACGCCUUUGAUGGCAUGCCAGAGGCCAUGCAGAGCUAUCUGAUCUACCAAUUCUUGCGACGCUGCUCGAAGCCGACACUUCAGAUGGUUGCCAAUGUUGUCAAUCCGGCUUUGAAGUGUGAUCCUUUCAGUGUACUGCCCGUUGAGCUCGGUCUUAACAUCAUCCGCUAUCUCGACGUGCAGAGCAUGUGCCGCGCAGCUCAGGUGUCGAAGCGCUGGCGCCGGCAUAUCAACUUCGACGAGAAGGCCUGGCAGGACCUCCUAAAGCGUGACGGCUUCGUCUUGCCUGAAGGUGAGAUAGUACGCGCCAUCAAGGAAGGCUGGGGCUGGCAGCAUCCGGGAGAAGACGGCUACGAAGAAGACCUUUCAAGAAGGAUGUCCAGAGCGUCGCCUGAAUACGACACCACCAGUCCAGCUGAUGCCAUCGUUGUCAGCGACGAUGAGGACACGGCAUCAUCGUCGGUGCCAGUGCGGGCGAAGCGGAAGUCGAUGGCUAAGCAUUCCAGCUCAUCUAAGAAAUUGAAGCGCAGAUCGGUCCAGGUACAAGCAUCUGCAACCAAGCCAAGCGCAUCGACUUCCGGCAAUCGCAUCCACAGGCUGUUGGCGUCCCACACUGGACCCAACGCCCUCGCUCAAGCGGCUGCGCAAGCCGUUCCCUACCCUUCGUCCGGCCUGCCGAGCCUGAAGAGCAUGCACCUGUUCAAGUCGCUGUACCAACGCCAUUACCUGAUCCGGAAGUCGUGGAUGAGCGAAGAGAGCAACGCCAGGCAUUUGGCUUUCCGUGCACAUCAUCGUCACGUCGUCACCUGUCUACUAUUCGACAGCGAGAAGAUCUUGACUGGUAGCGACGACACGAAGAUCAAUGUCUACGAUACCAAGACGGGUGCUCUGAAGAAUAGGCUCGAGGGACACGAAGGUGGCGUGUGGGCUCUGCAGUAUGAAGGCGAUACGUUGGUCUCAGGCUCGACCGAUCGCAGUGUGCGGGUCUGGGACAUCAAAUCGGGCAGAUGUUUGCAGGUGUUCCAGGGCCACACUUCGACAGUCCGGUGUCUGGUCAUCCUGAAGCCUGUCGAGAUUGGCAGAGAUUCAAACAACGAUCCGAUCAUGAUGCCGAAGGAGCCGCUCAUCAUCACCGGCUCCCGCGACUCUACACUACGUGUGUGGAAGCUACCGAAGCCAGGCGAGCCGCAGGUCUACCACGCUGGCCCACCGGCCAAUGAUCGUGACAAUCCCUACUUCCUGCGCACGCUGUCCGGUCACCAUAACUCGGUCCGUGCCAUCGCUGCGCACGGCGAUACCCUCAUCUCUGGUUCAUACGACUGCACCGUACGUGUGUGGAAGAUCUCGAACGGUGAGCUUCUUCAACGUUUGCAAGGCCACACGCAAAAGGUUUACUCCGUCGUUCUGGAUCAGGACCGUGCCCGCUGCAUAUCCGGCUCCAUGGACAACCUGGUGAAGGUCUGGGACCUGGAGUCCGGCACCUGCCUCUUCAGCCUCGAAGGCCACACCUCCCUCGUCGGUCUGCUGGACCUCAGCCACGACCGUCUCGUCUCAGCAGCCGCAGACAGCACGUUGCGGAUCUGGGAUCCAGAUACCGGGGCCUGCAAGGCGACGCUUUCGGCUCACACUGGCGCAAUUACGUGUUUCCAGCAUGACGGGCAGAAGGUUAUCUCGGGUAGUGACCGGACGCUCAAGAUGUGGAAUGUCAAGAAUGGCGAGUGCGUGCGCGAUCUGUUGACGGACCUUAGUGGGGUCUGGCAGGUGAGAUUCGAUGAGCGCAGGUGUGUCGCCGCGGUGCAGAGGAACAAUCUCACGUACAUUGAGGUUCUGGACUUCGGCGCUGCGAGAGAUGGUGUGCCUGCGAGCGAGCGCGGCCGCAGGGUCGUGGUUAAUGUUCAUGGCAAAGAGACUCUUGACGUGGACGUUCCGGCUGCUGAACCGGAUGCUGCGGCGGCACAGUAG